AUGACGGAUUACAUAACGAAUAAAAUGGAAAAAACGUUGAAAAUAACAAAAACGAAAACGACGGGAGAUGAUGAGAUACGAAAAGCAAAAGAAAAAGGAGAAGAUGUCGCAAUUUUAUCGACUUCUUUUAAUCCCGAUAAUUACACGAAACCUGAAAAAUUUAAUUGCGCAUUGGGUAGGCUUUGCCGAUUGGGAGAUUCGACGAAAAUUACGCCAGGUACGAAAAAAAUGGAAUAUAAGACGAGACAAUGGCACGAAAAAUGUUUCUGCUGUUGCGUGUGCAAAACUCCGAUCGGUACGAAAAGUUUCAUACCGAGAGAACAAGAAAUUUAUUGUGCUACCUGUUACGAAGAAAAAUUUGCGACUCGUUGCGUCAAGUGUAACAAGAUCAUCACAAGCGGAGGAGUGACGUACAAAAACGAACCUUGGCAUCGCGAAUGUUUCACUUGCACGAAUUGCAACACUUCACUUGCUGGACAACGAUUUACCAGCCGAGAUGAGAAGCCAUAUUGUGCCGAUUGCUUUGGCGAACUUUUUGCCAAAAGAUGCACUGCAUGCAGCAGACCCAUAACCGAAUGGUGGUGGUGCGCCAUCGUCGUAUCGGAGGCACAAGAUUUAUUUCAUUCGAAGAUAGGCAUUGGCACAACGACUGCUUCAUUUGCGCUUCAUGUAAAACGUCCCUCGUCGGACGAGGAUUCAUAA